UUGUCCUGCCAACACCGAAUGUCCUCGUGCCCGAUUGAGUGCGCCCAUUCUUCCCGUCGACUUGUUAUACCCACGUCACGGAUUCCCUUGGACUGAUUACGACCUCCUGAACCCUCGUAAACUGGAAGUAUCAGAUCUUAAACUGCCCGAUCAUUUCCCAGAUCCAGAGCACAGGUAUCUCUUAUGCAAUCGACGACUCUUCGGCUUUGACUUGAGAUCUAGAAACUGGCGCGAAGGCCAAAUCUUCCUACUUCACGGAAGCCCCGGUGUUGGAAAAACAUUUACCGCAGAAUGCAUCGCCGAGUACACUGGGAGGCCGCUGCUCUCGCUCACGUGUGCAGACAUUGGAACCGAGGAUGUCAGCAUGGAAAAGAAGCUGAUGAAGUGGUUCCAGCUGGCGGAAAAGUGGGGAGCGGUCAUGCUCAUCGAUGAGGCUGACGUGUUUCUGGAGAAGAGAGUAACAUCUGAUCUCAAGCGCAACAGCCUGGUAUCGGUGUUCCUCAGAUGUGUUGAGUACUACCGUGGCGUGCUGUUCUUGACGACCAACCGAGUUGGCCAAUUCCACGAUGCCUUCAUGUCACGUAUUCAUGUGGUGAUCCACUACAAGAGCCUAACGCCCCAAGACAGGAAGAAGAUCUGGCGGCAGUUCUUCAAGAAGUUGUCUUCUGAACGUACUGAUUUUCGGAUCACACGGCGCGCUCAAGAUUAUGUGCUGGAGGAUAAGGAUAUUACGAGCAUGCCGUGGAACGGCCGAGAGAUUCGAAACGCCUUCCAAACCGCCUUUGCUCUGGCCGACUUCCGAUUCAUGCAGAUAGAAGACAAGGAUGAGAACGACGUGCCGACCCUGGAUCAGGAAGACUUUGAAGAGGUGUGCAACAUGAUGAUCAAGUUCAAGGACUAUCUGAAGGAUCUUCAUGGGAAGGAUGAGGACGAGUGAGCGCACAAGGAGUUUUCAAGAGGUCCCGUUUUUGGGUUGGACGACUGAUGUGUGCCAGAUUUGGGCGGAUGAGUACUAUCAACACUGCGCGUCUGGGUACCCGGGGAUUGCCGUUUGACUGCAGUGAAAUGGGGUAGUUGAGGUUUUAUUUCAUCCGUGCAGUUGACCGUAGAGAUUCAAGAAACGUUCUUUGUUGCUGCUGUCC